AAGCCAAAGUUUGGAAAGGAAAGGCAACAGAAUUGGAUGAAACCAACCCAACCUUAACAGCUAAAAAUCUGUAAAGAGUUUGGGUUUUGUUUUUCCCUGUUCUUGCGUUUUGGUUGGUCUAGGAAAGCUCGGGCUACAAUAAUAAUCCUAGACCAUCCUCUUCAUCAUUACUAAUUACUAAUAUAAUAAACCCCCAAUAUAUAAAUAUAUAAUGGCGGCCUCUACCAAGAUACUUUGGUGGGUUUACUUGGCGUUGUUGUCAAUCGCCGCCGUGAUCCCGGCAACGACAGCGGAUGUCAGUGAUGACGUGUGGAAGCAGCGCGAGGCGGAGGCCAGGAGAGGUCUUCUCCAAGCCUAUCACCCCAAUCCUGAAAAAAUUACAACAGAAUUAAAUGAAAGAGUUAGCAUAGGUUUGAAUGAGACGUACAACAACAGAGAAUUGUACGACGACAGCAAUAAUAAUAAUAAUGAUAAUGUGACGAGAAGAGAGCUGCGGCGUAAGAAGGGAAGCAAGGAGCCGUGCAGGGCGACGAACCCUAUUGAUCAGUGCUGGAGAUGCCGGGCGGACUGGAGUGAUGGCCCGAAUCGUUUCAGGUUAGCCGACUGCGCCCUGGGUUUUGCCAAAGGGACUACCGGCGGAAAGGGCGGCAGAAUCUACGUGGUUAAAGAUGCAUCCGACGACGACGUGCAGGAGCCGAAGGCGGGAACUCUUCGGCAUGCGGUGAUUCAGAAGGAGCCGUUGUGGAUCGUGUUCGCUGCGAGCAUGACCAUCAAGCUGUCCGGGGAGCUUCUGGUGCAAGGCAACAAGACAAUCGACGGGCGCGGGGCGUUUGUGAAUAUCGCGGGCGGAGCAGGUAUGACGCUCCAGUCCGUAAACAACGUCAUUAUCCACAACAUUAAAGUCGGGGACAUUAAAUCUUCUCCCGGCGGCAUCAUCAGAGACUGCGUUGAUCACAAAGGUAUGAGGACUCAUGACGAGGGCGAUGGAAUCACCAUCUUCGGGUCCCACCAUGUAUGGAUCGACCACGUCUCCAUGCACAACUGCGAAGACGGACUGAUCGACGCUGCGGCCGGCGCCACCGCCGUCACUGUUUCUAACUGCCACUUCACCGACCACGACAAGGUUCUGCUCUUCGGAGCCAACAACGAGGACUCCAUCGACAAGAGGAUGCAAAUCACCUUGGCAUUCAACCACUUCGGGAAGAGGCUCCACCAGAGGAUGCCACGUUGCCGGUGGGGACUUUUCCACAUAGUCAACAACGACUACACUCACUGGGAAAUGUACGCGGUGGGUGGGUCCUCCGGCGCCACCAUCAUCAGCCAGGGCAACCGCUACAUUGCGCAGCCGGGGGAGAACUUCUUUAAGGAGGUGACCCACAGGGAUUGCCCCGACGAUUCAUGGAAGAAAUGGACGUGGGUGUCUUCCGGCGAUGUCUUCAUGAACGGCGCUUUCUUUACACCAUCCGGAGAUCCCAAAGGGGUGGAAAAGUACGGCUACCGUGACAAUCUCAGGCCACUAUCUGGGAAAGAAGUUGGUAGGCUCGCCAGAUAUUCGGGUCAUCUUGGUCGUUGCACCCCCGGACGGAAAUGCUAGCUACCUAAUUAAUCAUAUCAUUCAUACCUAUAGACUAUAGUACGUAGCUAGUUAAAACUAAUUAAUAUAAGCCAUCGUAGGCGUUUUUUUGGGAUAUAAUAUAAUGAUCGAAUUCGGCCCAAUUCAUCAUCGUGUUCA